UUAUUUAUUCCAAAAAUAAGUGUUAAAUUAUGGCUUUUAUGUUCAAAUUAAGACUCACUUUUUCUACUUUACUAGUAUUACAAUUGUGUAUCAAUCGAGCUACAUCUCGUACUUUAUACGAAUCAUCGAUUGCUGAGAAACACGAACAAUGGAUGGCCCAGUACGGACGUGUAUACAAAGAUAAGAUAGAAAAGGCGGAGAGGCUGAAGAUAUUCAAACAAAAUUCAGAAUAUAUUGAGUCGAUCAACAAUAAUGGAUCGCGAAGUUAUUUAUUAGGUAUCAAUGAAUUUGCUGAUCGUAAAAAAGAGGAAUUAAAAGCCAAACGUAAUGGAUAUAGAAUAAUAUCAUCUCAACAAAAUAAAAAACCUAUGUCUUUCAUGUAUGAAAAUGUAACAGUACCAUAUAUGAUGGAUUGGAGGACAAAAGGUGCUGUUACUGGAAUUAAAGAUCAAGGAGAUUGUGGAUGUUGUUGGGCGUUUUCAGCUGUGGGUGCUAUAGAAGGAAUCAACAAGAUCAGAACUGGUAAAUUGAUUCCAUUAUCUGAGCAAGAGUUGGUAGAUUGCGAUAUAGGUUCAAAUGAGGGUUGUGAUGGAGGUCUCAUGGAUUACGCGUUUGAGUUCAUUAUAAAAAACCACGGAAUUACUUCAGAAUUUGAUUAUCCUUACAAGGGAUUCGAUAGCACUUGUAUGAAAAACAAAUUAUUCAACAAUAUCGCGAAAAUUUCAAGUUAUGAAGAUGUUCCAACUAAUAGCGAAUCAGCAUUGCUUAAAGCUGUUGCUAACCAACCUGUAUCUGUUGCGAUUGAUGCUGGUGGAUCUGAUUUUCAAUUUUAUUCUAGUGGCGUGUUCUCAGGACAUUGUGGAAUUGAAUUAGAUCAUGCUGUUACCGCGAUUGGUUAUGGACAAACUAUAGAUGGUAUUAAAUAUUGGAUCGUGAAGAACUCAUGGGGGACUAGUUGGGGCGAAAAUGGAUACAUGAGAAUACUAAGAGACGUUGAUGCUAAGGAAGGACUUUGUGGAAUCGCCAUGAAUGCUUCUUACCCUAUCACGUAAAGUUUUAACAAAUACGAUAUUUUAAUCUGAUUUGAUUAGGAGUAUUAUGUUAUUUGUAUCAAAAUGUAAUGUUGGAUCUUGUCCAAUGUAUGAAAGGAUUCAAUUUUGAGAAGUGAAAUACAUUAUUUUUAGCGAAAUA